AUGAAAGUUAUUGAGCUCAGUCUUGCACUAGGCCUGGUAGAGGGUUGUUUUUGGUUGAAAAACGAUGAGCCAGAGAGGAAAACUACAGUAUCUCGACCACCUGUGAGGUUGAAGACUGUUCCAAGAGGAAAUCCGAAGGUUUCUUUGUCGAAGAAAGGAGGUCCAAAAGGAAAAUUCUCUAAAAAGCGAAGAAAAGGUAAAAAGAAGCCCCCACCACCACCUGUCAAAGAAUUCGUCGGAGAACGUCCAACUUGGCAAAGUGUUCCGCAAAAAGGCCAAAUUUGCAAAGGGACAAGUUCAGCCGCAGUUCCCUGCAAGGAUCCAAUCAAAAUCGGCGCCAAGUGCGAUGAAAAAUUCCAAUGGAGUACAAAUGGAUACAUACAGAGCAUCGUUCACUGCAAAAAGAAUCCGAAAGGAGGCGUUAUCCGGAAGGAGCUUCGACAAGAAUGCAACUAUGACUCUGGAGUUCUACAGUGCUGGCAACACUGGUCAACAACAGGAUGCCACGACGAUACAUGCCAAAGUGACAAGCUUGGAAACGGCUGGCUACCCCCUAAAUCCUAA